UGUGGUUUUGAAAUGUAAGGAUAUUAUGGAAUUAAUUAAAUUUAUUAAUGUGAUAAAGUUAAUUUUUUAGGAGGAUAUUCUAUAUGUGGAAAAAAUUGCAUUAUAACCAAUAGUUUUAAAUACACUAAUCCUUUAUAUAGUUAUACAGUCAAAUUUAGAUAUGUUUUGAUAGAUUUAUGGAAUAAAAAUGAAUUUCUUAUUAUUUCUAUAAAUGGAAAAGAGGCAUUUCGUGUAUAAAAAACUUAUUCAAAUAGAAAUAUAUGUGGAUUACGGUCCGGUGAAUUAUUUUUAAAAGCGGUUUUUGAUUUUAAAACUAAUGAUUAAAAUAUUAUUAUGACAAUAACUAAUAACUUGGAUCAAAUGCCUAAUAAUGAAUCUUUAGGUAUAAGGGAAUUUGUAAUUUAUGCUAAUGAAUGUAUGGCUGAAUGUUUAGAAUGCACUGACGAUGUUUCUUGUAGUAAAUGUAAAGUAGGCAAGUAUUUAUAUGCAGGUAGGUGUAUUGAUUGUAAUGCAAAUUGUGAAUAAUGUACAAAAAAAGAUGUUUGUGAUUUAUGCAAAAGUGAAUAUUUUUAUAAUGAUUCUUAAUGCGUUUUGGAGUGUCCAAAUAAUAAAUAUUUAAAUAUUGCAAAUAAAACUUGCAAUAAUUGUGAUUAUAAAUGUGCAACUUGUUCUAAUGCAACCGAUUGUAACACUUGCAAUUAUAAUAGAUUACUACCUAAUUGUGAUUGCCCUUAAUAUUCGUAUGAUCCUAAAGUUUUCAAUUUAGCCUGUACUAUGUGUUCUACUUUUUCAGCUGGAUGUUCUAUAUGCAAUGCAAUAGAAUGUCUUACAUGUUUAACUCCUUAUUAUUUUUAAUUAAACUCAAAUGGAUAAUGUGACUCAUGCUUGACUAUAAUGACUAAAAUGCAUAUUAGUGAUGAUCUAUUGUUGUUAAUUAUAGAUUUUAAUUAUUAUUAUACUAAUUUGUAAAUUAAUCUUAUUCUCACAAAUUUAGAUUUUUAAAGUUAUUCUUCCUAAUUAUAAUUUACUAAUUAGCUUUGCAUUGAAACAUUGGAUUAAGCCUUUAUUUCUUCUAAAUUAUAAGGAAAUAUUUUGUGUUCUUUCAACAAAUCUUAAAAAACACUUACAGUUUAACUUGAUACUACUAGUACUGUUAAUAAGAAUGAUAUAAUAAAAAUAAAACCUGGUGUAUUUAAACUAAAAAAUAAUGGAUAUGAUUGUUCUGAUUUUCUUUAAUAAAUAACUGGAAAAGUAAUUUUAGACUCAAAUCCAGUUAUUGAAUUAACUUAAACAAGUCCUAUUUCGAUAUGUUAAUAAGCAUAAAUAAGAAUAUCUAAUGUUUCUAAUACUGGAAAUAGAAAGUUAAAAUAAAUUACUUGGACACUCGUUUCUUCUAAUGUAAAUACGGCAAAUGAAAUAGCUUAAAUAAAUACAUUUAUCUAAUAAUAAAAUAACUAAUUAUUUUUAGAAAUACCACCUUUAAAACUUAAAAAGUAAGGAUAAUAUUAAUUCUAGGUAUAAGUAGUUACAUAGUUUAACCAAUCAGAAACUGCAAAUGUAAUGAUACAAACUUUAUCAAACACUUCGAUAGACAUAAAUGCAAAUAUAAAUCCUAAUCAAAUUUUUAGAAGUAGCUUAGUGCAUGUAGGUUUAAAUUUUAAUCUUUUGUAAUGUGAAGAUGAUGGAAAAAAAUCUUAUCUUUAAGACAAUGUUUAUGAAGUAUAAAUAAAAUAACAUGAUAAUUUAACUGAAUAAUUAAAUAUUGAUUCCAUAUAAUAAAUUUAAGGAACUUAAUUUUAAUUUUAAAUUUAACCUUUUAUUAUGAAAGCGAAUACAACAUAUAAUAUAUAAAUCAUUGUUUCUUUAAAAUCUGAUCUUAAAAUUACUCAAUAAAUAUUAUUCCCAGUAUAAGUUCUUUCUAGUCCUCCUUUAGUUUAAAUUUUAGGGGGAAAUAGAUAAUAAUUAUUUUCUUAAAGUUUUGAUAUACAAGCAAUAGUAGAUGAUCCUAAUUUAUCACCAACUGAAAAAGAUAUAUUAAAAGCAACUAAUUAUGGAAUAAAUAUAAGCUGGUAAUGUAUAAACAUAAGUGCUGGAGAUGAUUGUAAAGAUUCGUCAAAUAAUUUAAUUGUUUCUCCAAUUACAUAAAACUUAUAAAUUAGUAUAUAAAAGAAUGUUUUAUAGCCUUAUUAAUAAUACUAAUUUAAAAUAUCAGGAACAAAAGAUGGACUAACCGAGUUUGAUUAGAUAACAAUAUUAAUGGUUGAUUAUUCCAUUCCACCUGUUAAUCCUACUAUUUCUAUUAAUAAUAUUUAAAAUACAAUAAAUUUAAACUAAGAAAUAUUUACUUAAUUUGAUUGUCAAGAAGAUACAAAUGUUGAUGACUUAAUAAUUACAGGAGUUAUUAUAUAUUAGAAUUAAUAAGUAAAUAUAAUAUCAAUAAAUUACAAUUAAUUUAGAUUUAAAAUUUGGGAAUAUUUCUUCGACUUUUAAAAUUAAAAUUAAUUUGAACUAAAAUUUUCAGUUAGAAAUCCCAAUUUUAUAACACCAACAUUAAUUUCUUAUUCUUUAAAUGCUAAUAUUCCUCCAUAAGAUUGUAUUUUUGAUAAAACUACAGGCUUUGAAGUUAGAAAUAUGUAAGAUAAAUAACUUUUUGCAAUAAAUGAAUGUAUUGAUACUGAUUAACCUUUAACUUAUUCUUUCUAUUUUUAUAAAAACUAAGAUGAUUAUAAUAAUGAAUUAUUAAAUGCAUAAUAUGUUAAUAGGCAAUUGAUAUCUGAUUUCUCACUAAAUAAUAAAAUUGAAACUGUUUUACCUUUUGGUGCGUCUUUAUUUAUGGCAGUAAUAUAAGAUUCGAAAGGAGGAAUAAGAAAUAUAACUUAAUAAAUCAUAGUAAGUCAAUAUAGUUAAGAUAGUUCUUCAUAUUAUACAUUUAUAAAUAAUUGGUUUACUUAAACAUAAUAAAAUAUAUUAAAUAAAAAUAAAAUAAUUUAAUAUAAUAUGAUUAUUUAUGAUAUUAUUAAUCAUGCUAGUGUUUUAUCAUUGCAAACUGAAUAGUUUAUAUAAUUAUAUAUUGAUAUUUUAAAUGAAAUUAUGAAUUUGUAAAACUAUUUUUAAUAAUAAACUGACUCUUUUGACUAUUUUGUAUAGACAUAAAUAACAUUAAAUUUAAUAUUUAGUAACUUUCUCAAUUAAAUGUUAACAUAAAUAGGAUUUGAUAAAAUAGAACAAUUUAUUAAUAAUAUUGCAUAAAUAAUAAAUUAUUUAUUAAGAGUAAUUAAAGAUAUAGUAAUUUCUGACACGACAUAAUAUGAAAAAUCUUUUUAAUCAGUAUAAAUUUUUAUAUUAUAAGCAAAAAUAAUUUAAAAUAUUUAUUAAGUUGAUAGAUAAUCAUUUUAACAUAAAUAAAACUCAUUAUUAGAUAAAUAAUACAUGCAAAUAAUGAGAACGAUAUCUUAAGCAUUGCAUGUGUUUUUGAUUUCAAAUGAUGAUCCUAUAAAUGUUCUAAAUAUAAUUUCUACUUAAAAAACAACCUAUAAAGUUUUAAAAGAAAAAUAUUUGAAAUUAAAUUCAAACUCAUAUUAUGAAAGUAUAAAUAUAGAAAAAAACUAAGAAAAUCUAUAAUAUUAUGUAAAUUAUUUAGAAUAUCCUUCUUCUGUAAUAACUUAUGAUGAUAAUUUCCCUUACCCAAACAAUCAUACUUUUACCAUAAAUGAAAAGACAAUAACUUUUGAAUAUAAUUAAUAAUAAAUACAAUUUGAUAUUCCUUUAUUCAACAUUUACAAUUUAUCUGAAGCUAUAGACAAUGUUGGGAAUUAUAUUUGCAUUUAAAAUAUUUAAGGCAAAUGGAUUUCUAAAGAUUGCGUACUUUUAUAUUAUACUAAUGACUAAAAUCGAAUAUAAUAAUUUAUAUGUUAAUGCAAAACUCAAGGAAAAUAAACUCUUGUUAAUGACAUAAAUGAAAUAUUUAAAGUGACUCGCAUAAAUGAUUGGUAUUUUUAUGCUUCUGUAUGGACUUUAGUUGCUACUACUAUAAUUUAUCUGAUGUUAUUUUUAUAUUUAUAAAAAAUCGAUAAUAAUCAAGAAUAAAAAAUGUAAUAAAGCACAAUAAAAAGAAAUUAAAUCACAGAAAUUAUUUUUAAUAAGGAUAUUAAUGAUUAAGAACGAAAUUAAUAAUUAGAUAAUAUUUUAAAAAACCAUGAAUAAAUUAUUUAAAUACAAAACUAAAAUUUUAUAGAAACUCCCAAUCUAAAAAUAAGUAUUUUUUAAAACAAAUAUUAUUUAUAUUAAUAAAAUAUUUUUAUUUUUUUAAUUUAUUAAAUAAGUUAUAUCAAUAAAUCUAUAAUUUUUUUUAUUAUUUCUAUAUGUUUUUUUUUAUAUUUUUAAUUUAAUUUUUAAAGAUUAUUUAUCUGGAUUUUAAAAAAAUAAAGAUUUUUGCUAGAGUAAUAAGUCAUAUAAUGUUAAGAUAUUGCAAUAAAAAAAAAUGAACAUAAUACAUAAUCAAUCAAUAAAAUAGGCUCUUUGAUCUCAUCAUAGUUAUAAACUGAAAUAUUAUAAGGGAAAAUAUAAAAAAUAAUGCCAUUAAUUAUUUAAUCUAAUACAAUAGAAAAUAAAAGUAGGCUGGUUGAUGAAAAGUAAUAAAAAGCAGAUGAUUAAUUGAUAACAGAAGAUAAGAUAAAAAAAAUAAUUACACAUAAGAUUAGUAAAUUAAAUUCUUAAAUAUAUACUACAGUUGGUUAAUAAUAAAAUAACUAAGAAAAUGGUAUAUAAUCUCCAAACUAUUAGGAUAAAAUUUAAGAUCUCGAAAAUAAUCAGGCUAAACCUUAAAAAAAUACUUUAGUUAAGAGAAAAAAGCAUUAAGCUAGUUUAAUUCGAUUGUAAAGUUAAUAAAGCUAAUAAAUAAAUAAAAACGUGAAAAAUGACUAUAAAUAUGAAGAAAAAACAAAUUAUAGUGGUAAUUAAGUUUAAAAAGGUACAAAUAUAAUUAGUUAAUCCUAAUAAUAAUAGCGAUAAAAAGUUUAAUCUAAUUUAUUUACUAAAAAUAGCUCUAUAUUACAAAUAAAUAAUAAAAUGUCUUUUUAUAAUUAGAAUGUUUUGUAAAACUUUUUAAAAGAAAGUAGAAUUGUUUAAGUUAUAAUUUUUCAUGAAUUAAUUUAAAUAUUGAUUCUUUUUAAUUAAUUCUUAAGUAGGCCUUAUAGAAUAACUUAAUAAUAUGUAAAAUAUAUUAUUCUUAUUACUGUUAAUUCUAUUCUGUUUUAUGAUUUAAAAACUGUCUUAAUAAUAUUAGCUAAUUCUUUAUUAUUACUAAGUAUUAACUUAUUUAUUAUUUUAGUAGAAAGUAUCUAUAAAUUGAAUAAAAGAAUAUUUAAAUAUUUAAUUUAUCUCAUUUUUAUUUUUAUAGUUAUAAUUUGCUUUUACAUUAUUUGUAUUAGUAUUUAAAAUAAAUUUUAUAAUAAAU